AUUGGGUUUCAUCCAUUAUACAUACAGUCGGUUGGAUUCACUGGUGCUGCUGGUUUCAUUCUUGCUGUCCUAUGGUUUAUUUCUUUUGGUUUGGCGCUUGUAACUCAUCUGUGCUGCGGAUGGGGGAUCAACAUCAACGCCGAAGGAUCAAAUCAUUCACGAAGAAUAUGUCUUAUAUUGCUCAUAGUAUUUACAUGUGCUGCAGCGACUGGAUGUAUCUUACUUUCUGUAGGGCAGAAUAAGUUUCAUGGUGAGGCAUUGCAUACCCUCCACUAUGUUGUGAAUCAGUCAGACUACACCGUGCAAACUUUGAGAAAUGUGACUCAAUAUCUUUCUCUUGCCAAGACUAUCAAUGUUACCCAGAUCAUUCUUCCAUCCAAUGUCAUGGAGGAUAUUGACAGUUUAAAUACAGACUUAAAUACUGCAGCAGAUACACUAUCUGAGAAGACAAAUGAAAAUUCUGUUAGAAUAAGAAGAGUAUUCAGUGCUGUGCACUCGGCUUUGAUUGUCGUGGCUGCGGUUAUGCUUCUUUUGGCACUGAUUGGAUUAUUUUUAUCUAUCCUUGGACAUCAACAUGCGAUCCUCAUAUUUGUUAUCAGUGGAUGGUUACUGGUUGCGAUUACUUUCAUUCUCUGUGGAGUUUUCAUAAUCCUUGAUAAUGCAAUUUCUGAUACCUGUUUGGCUAUGGGAGAAUGGGUGGAGAAUCCACAUGCAGAAUCUGCUCUUAGCAACAUCCUUCCAUGUGUUGAUCAGAGAACCACCAACAAGACACUUUUUCAGAGUAAACAGGUGGUCACCGAUAUUGUAAAUGUUGUUAAUCAGUUCAUCUAUAACAGAGCAAAUGCGAAUCCGAGACCAGGCAAUCCAAAUUAUUACAAUCAGUCAGGACCUGCAAUGCCACCCCUGUGCUAUCCUUUUGAUUCUCAGUUUCAAGAGCGUCAGUGUACAGGUCAAGAAGUUUCCUCAACAAAUGCUUCACUGGUCUGGAAUAAAUUUGAAUGCGAGGUAUCUAAACAAGGAUACUGCACAACAACCGGCAGGGUGACCCCAGAGAUUUACUCUCAGCUGGUGGCUGCAGUUAACGAAAGCUAUGCGUUAGAGCACUAUGCUCCGCCUCUACUCAGCCUUCAGAAUUGUGAUUUUGUGAGGGACACAUUCCAAGAGAUCACUUCAAGUUUCUGCCCGCCAUUGAAGCAUUAUCUGGAGAUCAUCAAUGCAGGGCUAGGUCUCAUUUCAGUCGGUGUGUUGAUGUGCCUGGUUCUCUGGAUACUCUAUGCAAACCGCCUCCAAAAGGAGGAAGUGUUUUUGAAGUUUUCCUUUCCGGAAAAACUGAAGAAUAGAUUCAGUAAGAACCGCAACAACUCAAAAUCAACUUCUUCCGCAGCUGUAUCAAGUGAAGUGUAGAUUGUACUAUAGAGAAAUUAUUCACGAAAAGUAUAUGAAUAGUGUUUUUCUUUCUCCACUAUUACGGCUAAAAUGAAACAAAGGUGGGGCGAAGCUCCAGCUUUGAAGUUGGAAGAUUACAGGCAAACUCUAGUGUAUUAUACAUAAAGCAAAAGCAAAUUUGAUUUGUUGAUAUAUAAUAUUUUGAAUCA